AUGCCAAUUUGGUCGACGGAGAUAGCGUCAGUGUUUGUCCCGGAUUACUUGCAGGGGAAACCUUUCAAAGGCUCUACGAACAUCUCCUCUUAUGGAUAUACUCCGUCGCCCCCUGAUCCUCGUACCACGGAGGAUUGUCUGUUUCUGGACGUCCUGACGCCAAAGAAGGUGUUUAAGCAUCGCAAGAAAGCGCCAGUCAUCGUGUGGAUCUAUGGAGGCGCCUACGUCGCUGGCGACAAGACGGCCUCUGAUGUGACUGGAUUGGUUCGGCGCAGCAUGGAGGAUGGAGGCAAGGGAAUCGUGUUGGUGGCUAUAAACUAUCGGGUGGGUGCAUUCGGCUGGUUGCCUGGAACCGAUGUGAAAGCACACGGUGUUGUCAAUGCUGGCUUAUAUGACCAGCGAUUUGCGCUGCAGUGGGUAAAGGAACAUAUCCAUCGUUUUGGUGGUGAUCCAAAGAAGGUGACUAUCAUGGGUGAAUCAGCUGGAGCUGGAUCUAUUAUGCACCAAAUCACGGCUUACGGUGGCGUAAAGGGACCGGCUCCGUUUCAGAGAGCCAUUCUCCAGAGUCCAGGCUUUUUCCCUAUGCCGUACCAGGACCAGCAAGACGCUGUGCUACGAGACUUUCUUCAGCUUUUGGGAGUUAAUACCAUUGACGACGCACGGCGGCUGCCCUCUGAGAAACUGAUAUCUGCCAACGCAUAUCAAGUCGCAACGCGGCCCCCGUAUGGCACCUUUGUUUAUGGCCCGGUAGUGGACGGAAUUUUUGUUCCUUCUCUUCCUGGUGCCCUCCUGUGGGGAGGUGCGUUUGAUAGAACGGUAGAGGUAAUGGUUGGUCAUAAUGCCAAUGAAGGUCUUGAGUUCACCUCUCCCAACACCACGACGGAGGCGGGAAUCAUCAACGCCCUUAAGGAAGCAUUCCCGGACAUGACGCCCAGCGUUGUUCGACAUGUUGUUACUGACCUUUACCCGCCCAUCUUCGAUGGAAGGUAUGGGUAUACCGAUUCAGUGGGCCAGGCCUCGCUGAUUACUUCCGACGCCGCAUUCCAAUGCAACACGGACUACUUGAAUCGAGCCUUCGACAAUCGCACGUACGCGUACAUGUUUAGCAUUCCUCCUGCUCUUCAUGCGCAGGAUAUGCCCUACACCUUUUUCAAUGGCCAUCCGUCGCUGUCAGUGAGGAACAGCACUGUGGCGCUUGUGCUGCAAGACUAUAUUAUCAAUUUUGUGAAGUCUGGCAAGCCACGGUCGUCUCUGGGACCGAUGUUUCCGCGGCAUGGAGCGGAUGCUAUGUUGGUCAAUUUGAGAGAGUCGAACAUUACACUCAUUCGCGAUCCGACUGCCAAUCGACGAUGCCUGUGGUGGCAGAUGGCUCCGUAUUAA